AUGCCUGUAAUUGUACUGGAGGCCAGUGAUUUGACCAGCCCUCUGUCGCUGGUGCGUAUGUGGGCUCUCCUGUCCGGUUGCCUCACCUUCAGCCUGGUAGCCUCACUGGUUUCCCCAGAGCUGACCUCUGACACCCACCAGCCCGCCUUCAAGAUCCUCUGCAUGCUCACCUGGUGCGUCUUCUUCAUCCUCACCUUCCUAAUCCACGUGGUCAACAUCAUCCAGUUCCACAGCCUGGUCCCCUUCUCCUGGAAGAACCUGACCGUGACUGUGGCGGCUCUCGCCGCCCUCAUGACCUUCAGCGCCUCGGUCACCUUUCCUUGGGCGGUCAUGGGUCAUGAAGGUGUCUGGCCCCGUCCGAUCGCCGCCUCCUUGGCAUCGUGUCUCACCUUCCUGGCCUAUGCAACCGAGGCCUACCUCAUCCGCACCCAGACCCAGGACCAGAAGGGCUACAUGGCCAGCGUACCCGGCCUGCUCAAGGUGCUCCAGCUCUGGGGAGGAUGUGAGAUGAUCGUCCUGGUGGUGGAGCAGGUCCGUGGAGCUUUGAUAAAAGGAGCUGGGGUAGGGUUGGCAGCUGUGGGUUGGCAGCUAUGGGUAUCUGGGGCGGUGCAUGCCCUCUGUCUCCUAAUGUCCCUGGGUACAGUGAUGGUGGUUCUAGGGGAUUGUGCUGGGCGAUGCCCUCUGCCCUUUGACCGCCUGCUGGCAAGCUUCAGUCUGACAGGGGUGCUUUUCUAUGUGGUCGCCACCAUACUGUGUUUUACCAGAGUCCUGGAGCAACAACACCCCAGCCAAGAGUUCACAGACAGGAAAACUGGGCCCACCCUUGUUGUCAUGGAAGCGGUGAUGACCAGCAUUACUCUGCUAGCUUACACAGUGGACCUGGCCUUCUCUAUCAAACUGCUGCGGGAUAGGAGUCAUGCCUGA